AUGGUCCAGUCAAGGGAUAUUUUUUUAGCCUUACUUUUUGUGGGCUUUUCAGUUUCUCUGGAAGUGCAGAUCACACCCUCACAUGGCGAGAUUAGCCUCGGAGAGUCCAAAUUCUUCAUGUGUCAAGUUGUAGGUGUUGCCAAGCAGAUAGAGUGGUUUGGCACAAAUGGGGACAAGAUAGAGCCCAGCAGACCGGACAUCACGGUAACCCGAAACGAUGAGUCAUCCUCCACCCUCACGAUCUAUAAAGCUGGGACCGAAAAUGCUGGGACAUACAAGUGUGUCGCAACCAGUGGAGACCAGCAAGCAGAGUCAACCGUCAAAGUGAAAAUCUUCCAAAAAAUCACCUUCACAAAUGCGCCGUCCCCCCAAGAGUUUACUGAAGGAGACAAUGCAAACCUGGUUUGCGACGUCAUUAGCUCCCCCCCACCUACGGUGCUCUGGAAAUAUAAAGGCGCCCAAAUACAGAUGGAAAAGGAUGUUCGUUUCAAGGUAUUAAACAACAAUCACCUACAAAUCCGCGGCAUUAAGAAGACAGAUGAAGGCUUUUAUAUUUGUGAGGGUCGCCUCAUGGCCCGCGGUGAGAUUGAUCUGCGUGUCAUCAAGGUCGUUGUGAAUGUGCUCCCGACCAUAAGAAUAUGGCAGUCAGAGGUGAAUUCCACUGCAGACAUUCAGCAACCUGCCGUUCUGACUUGUGCUGUCGAUGGCUUUCCUGAACCGAUGGUGACCUGGACAAGGAAUGGGAUUGAUCUCGAUGCUGGAGAGAAGUACAGCUUUAAUGAAGAUGGCUCAGAAAUGACAAUAAUGGAUGUUACCAAACUGGAUGAAGGAGAGUACACCUGCAUUGCCAAGAACAAGGCUGGGGAGGCAGACCAGGAACUCAGUCUGAGAGUGUUUGUUAAACCCAAGAUCACAUACAUUGGAAACCAGCAAACCUCAGAGAUGGAGGAGCAGGUAACUCUAACUUGUGAGGCGUCUGGAGAUCCAACUCCCACCAUCAGCUGGAGCUACGGUGAGCGCGUCUUCACCGAGGGAGAACAGGCACAUCUAAACAGGAUCUAUCAGGCAUCAUGGACUCGGCUUGAGCAACACAAGAGUCCGGACGGGAACGUGGUGGUGAGGAGCGAUGCUCGUGUGUCCUCCCUCACUCUGAAGGACGUCAAAUACACAGACGCUGGUCAGUACCUCUGCACAGCACGCAGCGCCAUUGGAGAGGAUGAUCAGACGGCUUAUCUGGAGGUUCGCUACACUCCUAAGAUCCACGGAACAGUGGCAGUGUAUACUUGGGAGGGAAAUCCUGUCAAUAUCAGCUGCGAGGUGAAGGCUUUCCCAAGUGAUGUGUCAAUCAUAUGGCUCAGAGAUGGACUGCAGCUGCCCAACUCAAACACCACAAACAUUAAGGUCUACAGAACUCCCUCAUCCAGCUACCUGCAGAUCACCCCCGAGUCUGAAAAUGAUUUUGGAAGCUAUAACUGCACUGCCUCAAAUGAGAUGGGAACAGAGUCAAAGGAGUUUCUGCUCAUUCAGGCUGAGGUUCCAUCGGCUCCAUCGAUAAAUGAAGUCAGGCCCUUCUCCACCACCGCGCUGAUCCGGUUUGAGGAGCCCGAAUCCACAGGAGGCGUUCCUGUUCUGAGAUACAGAGCCGAGUGGAGGAAGCAGGGCAGGGCGAACUGGUUGCAGGACGUCUUCGAGAUUGAAGAUGGCCUCAUCGGCGAAUUGACGAUCAAAGGCCUGAAGCCCGAGACCGGCUACGAAGUCAAGCUAUCAGCCAUCAAUGGCAAGGGGGAAGGUGAAAUCAGCGCGGCUGAGUUCUUCAAGACAGAGCCUGUCCGGAAUCCCAAUCCUCCGAAACUUGAAGGGUCGCUUCAGCCUAAAGGCAACUCCCUCAAAGUCAGCUGGGUCAAACAAGAUGAUGGCGGCUCUCCCAUCUUGCAUUAUCUUAUUCGUUAUAAGCCGAUAGAAUCACCAGAAUGGAAACCUGAAAUCCGGCUGCCCAGUAUCAGCGAGCACGUGGUUCUCAGUGGGCUGGAGUGGGACACGGAGUACAACGUCUAUGUGGUGGCAGAGAAUCAGAAGGGGAAGUCGAAGCCUGCAACCAUGUCCUUCAAGACGUCCUCAGAGCCCGAGGCCAUACCAGCCACUCAGGGCUGCUCAUCUGUGACAUGCACUUUGGUAUCACUCAUCUUGUCCCUCAUCACUGUGCUCCUGCUGUCAUAGUUUACAUUCGGGACUUGCAUCGUAACAGUAGAGGGGAGCUCGCCUUUUCUCUGGCCUGGCUGCCUUUCUGGACGCUUACACUCCUUAAAACAGACUUUGUCUGUGACAGACGUGAGAAAAGGAUGCUGUUGCUUCAGAGCAGACCGGACAGACGUAUUGAACCAAAGGCAGUGGAAAUCCUUCGCCUCCCACUGAUCCACCCCGCUCAGCAUUAGCACAGCUAGACAACAGAAGAGUGUCAGUUUACAGUCAUGAGCAAUAGUGGAAUCAGGAUUAUAUUUUUUAAAAUAAGCACUUAGAACGGAGUGAGAGCUGAGCACUGAACCUGUCCAUUUGCGUAAACACUGUAUUAUAUCAUGUCUCUCAAAAUAAGGCAGAUCAACUGUAAAGUUAGCCAAAUUAACGUUUACAUUGAGAAGAAAAACAGCUAACAGAAAAUUAAAUGUUUGUAAUUUUUUUUUUUUUAUUGGAACAGAUUGAUCAACUGUAUGCAGUGUUACCAUUAAGGAAACUUAUUUUCGUGCAGAUCACUGAGACAAAUGUCCCAACAUUUCUUAAGCAUGUGAUGUUUGUCAAAUGCCUCCAGGAAUUACAUACUGGUUUUUAUACAUUUAUAAUUGGGAGGUGCUUCACUCAGCUGCAGGCUUUGUUUACCUGUUAAUCUGUAUCCACAGAGUUAAAUUUAUGUCGUAUAUCUAUUUAACAGAAGAUGUUUUAGAGAGCUGUGCACAUCUAUUCUUUACUUAAAGUGUAUUUUCCUUUAAAGGAAAAUGUAGAAAUCAUUUAACCUGGAGGAUUCCUGACGUUCACUCUGUGUCCACAAAAUAUCCUGCAUGUAACCAGCAACACGUUGUAAGCUUUGGUUUCCUUGUCUUUCUAAUAUCAAAUAAAUGGGUUGAUUAUAGAAGUAGACUUUUUAUGUUUUAAACAGCUGCUCCUGUUUAAACGCUCCACAAGCCUCAUAGUUACGCUGAUUUAGAUGAAAACUGACAAGUCAGACAUCAGUCGUCACAAAUCCGACAGCAUGUAAAAUCAUUUGAACAUUUCACUGCCCACUCUGUCGCAGGUGAGUAAGACUCAUUACAGGAUACAGAGUCAAAGCAGAGUUUUAUUUUCUUUCCCCUGUUGUUCAGCCGUCUCUCUCUUUCUUGUCGGGCAGAUUUGGGUGAGGAGGCCACUCUCUCCAUGGGCAUCAUGCUCUGGGCAGGGAUCCUUGUAGUAGUGUUUAUACUCCUGCUGUUGGCUGUGGAUGUCACCUGUUACUUUGUCAACAAAUGUGGCCUCAUCAUGUGCCUCUGCGGAAAGUCGGGCACUGGAACAAAAGGGCACAACUUGGAAGAGGGCAAGGCAGCCUUUGUGAAAGAUGAGUCCAAAGAGCCGAUCGUGGAAGUCCGAACAGAAGAGGAGUGCACUGCCAACCAUAACGCAGCAGGACCAAUAGAACCCAAUGAAACUACACCGCUCACCAAGCCGGAGCUGGUGGCUUCUCUGGCACUGGACACCCCCUCCUCCGUAGCCACCAACUCUGACACAGCCACUGCAACAAAUGACCAAGCUCAGGACAGCCCCUCUAGCGAGAGCACCACCCUCACGUGCAGCCUGUCCACCCCAGCCAACGAGCCCUCGCCCACCCCCCUCGCUGCUCCGGCCCCGACCCCAGAAUCCAACACUGCCCCGCCGCCUCCCGUCAUCUCUUCGACCGCCGUUGAAGCUAAAAUGGCCCCGCUGCUCGAGCAACGAGGGAGUAGCACCCCAGAAGAACAUGAGAAAAUAAACACCCCCCCUUGUACCCCUGAACAGAAUAGGCCUCAAAAGUCUGGAACGCCGAUACCGCCGAAGCGCAGACACUCGCCCAAACUUGCCGCUCUGAAUGCCAAAAAUAGCCCCCCCGUUUCUCCUCUGGCGUCGUCUUCCCCUCACCCCAGGAAACCUGCCCCCAGCCCACCGGUUACCAAACUCACCACGCAGCCAGACACCGCAGCCCUAAGCGCUGGCAGACCAGCGCAAGCGGCCCCCACUCACGCGUCCGGUGCCCCCCUGAAACCAGACACAGAUUCUCAAGCUCCGAAUCCCAGCGGGUUCGACUUCACUGCCUUUGACACAGACAGGCCUGUAGAUGCCCCCACUGACAACAACGUGCCCUCAAACAAGGCUGGUGCCGGCAGGGCUCCUUUAAUCGUCUCCGGCUCUCUCGAAGAGUCGGAUCUGCCGAAACCUGCUUCCCUAGUUUCAGACGUUCCCUCGCCUUUACCCGUCACCCCGAUUACCUCUGCCGCCUCCAGCGACCUGCUCACACCCAGGUCAGACGUGUAUGACCUGACAGCCCCAGGUGCAGGGCCCAAAAAUGCUUUUUUGGAGCUGGAGCUGACAAACGGCACAGGAAGGCGCCCCCGGCCCCUCUCAGACCUCAUUAGCUUAGAGAGCCCGCCCGCUGCCCCCUCUCUGGCCAAUGGAGAUGGAGCAGACCUCCCCCCCUCAGGCCCAGUUGUGGAGGCUUCAGAGACUCUGGCCAAGACUGCUCCUUCUGUCAGCGAUGAGUACGGCUCCCUCUAGAGGUUUAUCUGUGUGAAGAGUUUUGCUGACGACAAAGUCAAAGCGGAGGAGGCAGGCUCACCAAACACCCUGAUCACUGCAGCACACAACAGUGUGAUACAGACAAACACCACUGAGAGCAAAGUAUGAUGGGCCGGGCCAGACCCCAGCCCGACCCAAAACAUUUCGGAGCCGCGGCGAGACGGAAACACUGCAGGAGUUAUGAUUUUCCAGUGCCCUUGAAAACAUAAACCACACGCGUAUCGAUCUGUUGCCGCACACUUUAACCGUGCUUUCAUCGCUUUGUUUCCAUCACAUUUAUCACUCCCAAGGAAUUUAUCUGUAGGUCACGCCAGAUUUUGUUUUAUUUUUUUAUCCUCCGCUCACUUAACCAGUCAGGUGGAUUAGAACAAACUUACUAUUGCCUGGUAAACAGAUAAAGAGAUGACUAAGACUCCUACUGUGCUCAGCAUUGCUGAUGCACACACGUAUAAGUUCAUAACGAGAAAUAUGCGUGUAAAAAAAAAAAAAAAAAGAAUAUAUAUAGAAUUUAUUUUUCUUAUGUUAAUGUUCUAAUGUGCAAAUGUAAAGCUGUUUGCAUUUUUUUUAAAGUCAAUCUUUUGUCUGUGGGCUAAUCUCAUGAAGAAGAUUGUUCUGCAUGUCCGACCCGAGAAGUGGUCGUAUGGUCUGUGACUGAGGUGUUUCACCUCCCGCAGAAAUGCUGAUCUGGACUGAACCGUUUCUGUUCUGGUGGAAACAAAAAAAAAAAAAGAAAAAAGAAGACCAGAGUAACUCCCAGCCAGCUGCAGAAGGAGCGAGUCCAGCAGAGAACCCCCGAAAGGCCCCGUCCGGACUCCCCAUGAGGUCCGAUUACUCAGUCAGUCACUGCCUCACCAUAGUGCUGUUAAGAUGCUCUCUGACCACACGUACCUGACCAAAACAAACAAAAACUCCCACAAAUGUUCACACACAGACAAAAAA